UGUAAUCCACGUGUUGUCGAAGUGUUUCUAUUAAAUUUGAAAUUGAAAAAAAAAAUCCUCAGAAACGAAUCAACAAUUGCUCUGAAUCCAUUGAAAUUGUUAUUUGUCGUUCAGUAAUCAUAUCAGUAUAAUCAGCGCCUUCCAAUGAAGUUAAAAAAGACCCGCAAGACAAAAGUCGAAAAAAGAAAAAAAAUGAAGAAAGAUUUGAGUGAAAUUACGACUGACGAGUUUUUCAACCAAGACUUUGAGGCAUCAGCCACUGAUUCUGACCUAGAGACCGGAAAGCCCGCGGAUUCAGACUCUGAAUGUGAGCUGGACCCCAAGGCCCACAAAAAGUCCCUCCAGAAAUUGCAAGACACAGAUCCAGAGUUUUACGAAUUUUUGAAACAAAACGACAAGAAACUCCUCAAUUUCGAUUUGUCAGACCAGGAAGAUUGUGAGGAUGAGAAUGAGAAUGCGGAUGAGGAGGUGCACGUGCCCAGUGAAAAUUUACAAGUGGCCAGUGACGAGGACGAUGAUAAUGAUGAUGAUAACGAGGCCAUGGAGAAUAAAUCCCCAAAGGGAAUGACAAAAGUUACCCUAAAAUUGCUCAAGGUCUGGCAAGAGGAGAUCCAAAAGGACAAAACCACCAAGACGAUCAAGAGCAUCACCGAGGCCUUCCACGCAGCUUUGUUAACAGUAGCUGAUCCAGAGGGUGCAAAAAACAUUCGAUAUAAAGUUGAAGGUAGUGCAGUGUUCAAUGGAGUCGUCCAAUUAUGCAUUAUCCACCUGCCCACUGCCUUCAGAAAAUUGUUAAAAAUCUCGUCAAAGUCAAAAUUCGAGGCUCACAAGUCCAAGAGAUUCGCCAAAAUCAAAGGAACCCUCAAAUCAUACUUGUCUGAUCUGCUCAGGAUUCUUCAGAAUGUUACAUCACCAGAUAUUCUUACGGUCCUGUUGAAGCACCUUCAUCAGAUGAUACCGUAUACUCAAUCAUUCUCUUCGUUGAAUAAACCUUUGAUGAAAAUUUUACUCAAGCUCUGGUCUUCUGGGGAGGAGACUGUGAGAGUUGUUGCUUUUUUGAAUAUUUUGCAGAUUGCCAUGAAUAGGACUGAUUCUACUCGUGAGACUUUGAUGAAAACAAUGUAUAUUAAAUACGUAGAAAAUUCAAAAUUCGUAUCGGAAAGUACAUCAGCUUGUAUAAACUUCAUGAGGCACUCGUUAGCUGAGAUUUAUCUCCUCGAUCACAAUCUAGCCUACACCCAUGCAUUUUUGUACGUUCGCCAGCUCGCGAUACAUCUGAGAAAUGCAGUUACAUUGAAGAAGAAGGAAAACUUUCAAACUGUCUACAACUGGCAGUACAUAAACUCCUUGAGAUUCUGGACAGAAUUAGUGAAUCUAUCGAAUAGUAAAUCAAUGUUGAGAUCUCUUCUCUAUCCAUUGGUACAGAUCAUCAUUGGGACAAUCACAUUAAUUCCAACAGCACAAUUUUAUCCAUUGAGGUUCCACUGCUGUCAAAUGUUAAUUAACAUUUCCAAAGAGACAGAAAAGUUCAUUCCCGUUUUGCCAUAUUUAUUGGAGGUAUUGACAUGUUACGAUUUCAACAAGAAACACAAAUCAGUGACAAUGAAACCAUUGUCAUUUAUAUGUCUAUUGAGAAUGUCAAAAGGUCAAUUGCAAGAGAAUGGCUUCAAGAACAGUCUGAUUGAUAAUAUUUAUCAAUUGAUCCUGGAGUGUGCUGCCAAGGAUAGCCACACGAUAUGUUUCCCUGAUAUGUAUGUCUUCUGUAUUAUCCAGCUAAAAUUAUUUUUAAAGAAAUGUAAAGUCGCCAACUUUUGCAAAAAGAUGAAGCAACUCAUGGACAAAAUUCAGGAGAAUCGUCAGUUCAUAGAGACAGAACGAAACAAGAUAAUCGUGGACCUGAGUGACAUGCCAACAAUCAGAAACUGGGAGAACACAAUUAAAAACAAAGGGACCCCACUAUCUAAAUUCUACCAGUCCUGGUACAAUCUCCACCACUCCCAGAAGCUCAAGAUGUUGACUCAGAACGAUGCGGAGGGAGACUUGAGGCUGCCCAUCCUGAAAAGAUCAAACAAAAGAAAGCAGGGGGAUGAUUUCGAUCAUGACAGUGAUCUUGACAUGCCCGUGGAGGAGAUGAACAAGCUCCUAAAGAAGCAGGAGGAGAAAAAGAGGCAGAAGAAGAAGCAGAGACAGAAGAUGACUCGUGAAGAGGACGAAGAGGAUCUUCCCACUAAUGAUUCUGAUGUCGUUAAAGACACAAAUUUAGAUGAUUGGAAUUAACUAGUUAAGAUUUUCACGAAAUAUUUAUACACCACAAUAUUUUCGUUUUUAUCAAAUGGUUUUUCAAUCUUUUGUUGAUUUCUUACGUUUUAAUAUUGAUGCUACAGUUCAUCGGCAAGGGAUAAAUCUCGUCGAUUAUUUCCCCACACAAAUCCUCAACCCAUGCAAACAGCAUAAAGUUCCAACCAAUCCUAAGGUGUCGCUUCUGGUGGUCUAUUUUUACCCUUUUUCACGAUCCACAGUCGUGGAAGUUAGUAGCUAACGGCUGGGCCACCUAAUAUAAAGCCACAAUCCCUCGUGUUGUAAUUAGCGACCACUAAACACAAAGCGCAGUAACGACAACUCGACAUACCAGUACAGGGUUUCAGAGAAUCUAAAAAAUGUCGAGAUAAAACGACUG